AUGGCUGGAGAGACUACCGCCGCCAAUUAUUCCCCCGACCUCACCGCCCCCUCAUUACCUGCACCUUACAGACUAGACGAGGGUUACUCGGACGAAACUAGAAGCCAGGUGGACAAGGAACUUGCGGACCUGCCCUCGGAUGAUGUGAUGCCUCUCCCCGAUUGGCUUCUAGCGAAUAGCGAAGAAGAUAGGGCUGAGAUUGCCUACAGUUUAUUACGCACACUACCCACUUCUACCGUGGCCGCGGUUGUCGACCGCCUUGCGCCUGUGUUGCACAUGGAUCCCGUUGUCAAGCUCCCCCCCGAGAUCACCUCCGAGAUCUUCUCCUACCUUGAGCCCAAGACUCUCUUGACAGCUUCAUUGGCAUCUCGUGCCUGGCGGGGCCGUAUAAUUGACUCUGGUCUGUGGCGAGGAAAGUAUAUCGAUGAAGGCUGGCGCGUUGAUAUUGAUGCAAUCCGUUCGUUUGAGGAAAGACAAUCCAAACUUUCGUCCCCGAGUCUUCAGCUCUCUCGCACCACGCCUGGACCCAUGCCAUCAUCAGCUCAGUCGUCCCCAAAAUCCUCUAUUUUGCUGCGGAUGCCCAAUGGUGGUGUCAGAAUUAACUGGCUUCAUCUCUAUAAGCAACGUAGACGACUGGAAGAGAAUUGGAAUAGAGGUCGCCUCACAAAAUUCCAGAUUCCCCACCCUGAGCACUUGGCGGAGUGCCACAAAGAAUGUAUAUAUUCAAUCCAAUUCUGGGGGAAUUGGCUGGUGAGUGGUAGUCGAGAUAGGACUGUCCGAGUUUGGAAUAUAGAUACGCAGAGACUGCGUUAUCGCCCUCUUGUGGGCCACUCCAAAUCGGUGCUCUGUCUCCAAUUCGAUCCCCGACCCUCUGAGGACAUUAUCAUGACUGGGAGCAGCGACAAGAGCGUCAUCAUGUGGCGAUUUUCCACUGGUGAGAAACUCAAAGAGAUUGCACCCGCUCAUCAGGACUCUGUGUUAAACCUCAGAUUUGAUGAGCGUUAUCUUGUCACAUGUUCUAAAGAUAGGUUGAUAAAGGUUUGGAAUCGGCGUGAGCUAAUGCCCGGUGACAAAGAAUAUCCUGUGGUCCAUCAUGGAUCUGGGGUUAUGUUUCCAGCGCACAUCGUUGAUAUAAGCGAGCUUCCUUCCCCUAUUACAGAAACAGAGCUAGCUAAGCGUCAAAUCCGAAGCCUAGCUCCGUACUCUCUUUUAAUGACGAUCGCAGGGCACGGCGCUGCAGUUAAUGCUAUCCAGAUAAGCGAAGAUGAGAUUAUUUCCGCUUCAGGUGACCGGUUAAUCAAGAUCUGGAACAUCCGCAGUGGUAUCUGCAAGAAGACCCUUGUGGGCCACGAGAAAGGUAUCGCAUGCGUCCAGUUUGAUGGCCGGCGUAUCAUUAGCGGAAGUAAUGAUGACUCCGUUCGCAUCUUCGAUCACAGCUCCGGUGCGGAGGUUGCUUGUUUAUCUGGUCACGCCGACUUAGUAAGAACCGUCCAAGCUGGCUUUGGCGACCCACCAGGAGCUGAAGAGGCUAUGAAGAUGGAAGCUCUGGCUGUUGAUAACGAGUUCCGUGAUGCUCGACGCUCUGACGAAGCUGUCCAAUUCGACGCGCGGAAAAUCGUCUGUGCCACCCAGGACCCAAGGAUAGUGGUAUGGGACUUUGCGGACGACGACGAAGAGAUAAAGGAGGCUUCUCAAUUCUUUACAGGGCUUUAA